AUGGCACCGGCUGUCUCUCAUACACAGAUUGUCUGUAGCUCCAAGGCCUCGAACGCAAUCACCGUGAAUUCGCCAGCAGACGCUCGAGCUCAGCUAGAAUUAUUUCUGUGCAGCGAUCCCGAAACGAACUUGCUACUGAAGCUUUCGUGGGCCAACCUCAACAGCCAACCAGUUCGUCAAAUAUUGAGGGCCGUGAGGCGAAAGUAUCGAGUCGAAUAUGACCCGGACUAUGAGGUGCUGAAGGUUAAAGCAAUGCCCUCUCCGCUCCAUAACGCUCUGAGCGAAUGUAUGGCGCUAUCUUUGGCGAAGGCCAAUGUUACUGUCCUAACCCCCGACGAGAUCAUGCGCAUUCUGAUACUCGCUAAAAACCGUCAUCUAUCUCGAUCACCUACACUCAGCCCUGGGAAGAAGCCUGUAGCUUGGAUAAAGGAACCUGACUUCACCAUCUGCUUCAAAGAACUUGGACAUAAGGCUGUAAUACGAGUUGUCUUUGAGAUUGGGUUCACAGAAUCCUACUCCGACUUGUUACGUGACGCCUCCCAGUGGCUAUUGCGGUCUGGCGGUGAGGUGAAGCUGGCGAUUAUCAUCAAAAUAGAUGAGGACAAACGUCAGCUCCACUGUCGUCAGAGAACGGAAGAGUUUACCUCCGGUCUCAGUGACCUUAUCAGCAAAUACGGAGACGCGGAGUCUAGACACUGUCAUAACAUCGAAGCAAAAGGUCCUGUUCUUGAGUCGUCGUAUCAUUUAUAUGAGGCGAUACAAUCGGAAAUCACUGCGUCUGAUUGGGUGGGCCAGAUCUCUGCAUACCUGGAGAUGUGGGAGAUGAACGGAGGAAGACCUGCUUUGAGAGGAUCACGAAUUGAUAUCCUUCCAACCCCCAGCAAUCCCCGAGACCCAGAAAUCAGAAUCACGGACCUGAUACCAGAAGAUCGCAGAACGCUGUUUACAGAUCCUGAUGAAUCAAAGACAAUCAAACUGGACAUGAGUUUCUAUCGCGAAGCUUUGAACCUAGCUAUGCCCGAUACUGCGUUUACCAGAGCUGUUAAAGUUAUCCGGCCACUUGAUAAAGGACGAGAAGGAGCCUGA